AAUUUGGGGAGCCAAUAAUCGCAUGUUAUGAAUUUUACAUUGAAAUCCCUAUGAUGCGUUGCGCAAGUCACCACCCUGUAUAGUUGAUGAUGUUGCAAGAUUUGGUCCAUUACAUAAUUUCAGUGCAUUCCCUUUUGAGAAUUACAUGCAAAAAAUAAAAAAACAUUUGCACAAGCAAGAUAAACCUUUGUCACAAAUUGUUAAACGGAUGACAGAAUUAAAUUCAGCUACAAGUGAUACACUUCCACAAGAAAAACCAAAAAAGGUCGCUUAUAAUGAGCAUAAUGAUGGUCCAUUAUUACCGGGAACUUCUUGCCCACAGUAUAAAAAACUGUUGUGUGAAAAUUAUGUAUUAAAAUUAAAAGAAGGUGAUAAUUAUUGUGCACUGUUGGAUGGAACGGUGGUUCAAAUUAAAAAUUUCGUAACUGGUAUUGAUGGAGGAUUGGUUUUAAUUGGGAAGAAAUAUCGUAAUUUAGAAAAUCUCUAUCACAGGCCAUGUAAUUCAUCUGAAUAUGGAAUCUACUUAGGUAGCAAUUUAUCAAAUCUUAAAAUGUGGAAUGUGAAGGAAAUUGCCUUUAAGUAUUUUCCAGUUUAUACCUCUGUUAAUCAAGUCGAGCAUCAAGUUGGUCUCAUUCCAAUUAUUCAUUGCAAUGAAUUUUAAAACAAAUGCUAUCUUUACCUUUUGCGUUUUUAAUAAUAGGUACCUAUAUACUUGUUUUUUAGAUAAUUAAUUAAAAUAAUUAAAUUCAAUUAUCCAAUUUAAUUUAUUAUAUUAUUGUUCAUUCUCAUCCCACCUUGCUCACUAGUUAAUAUAGUAUAGUUAAAGUAGCCAUUCAAUAAUAUUAGAUUUUUAAUGCAUGAUAGUGUACAUACACAAUUAAAAUGUGUUUGCAUUUUACUUUACUAAUUUUUCUAUUUACAUGUCACAACCAUCCAGCCGCGGAUCCAAGGGGGGGCGAUUGGGGUGACCGCCCCCCCUGAGAAUUUUCGUAUGAAGCAACAAAUGCCCCAAAAUUAAGAAAAAUCGCCCUCCUUAAUAUUCACAGAGAACUUGUCGAAGAUGACAAUUUUGCACACCAUGUACUUGAUCGGUUUGCUAAUUCCAAAAAUAGAAGACUUGACAUUAUCUUGUAAAUAUUUCUUUAUAAAUUGCGUUAAAACUCAGAAUCUUUACUUUUAUUUAAUCGCCCCCGGUGAAAACUUCUUCUGGAUCCGCGCCUGCAACCAUCAAAGUUUCAAGAUGCCCAACUGGAAAAUUGUUAAAUUCAUAAAGGAUUGCACAAUCGAGGCAGUUCCAUGUACGUGGAUUUUAGCAGAAGAUAACAGUCUUUGCUACUGGCCACCGGCAACAUAUACAACGGAGUCUCUUACUGUAGCGCUGAAAAACCAUGAUGAACCCGAAGACAAUUGGCCCUUAUAUAAGAUUUGUCAUUAUGUAAAUAAUACAUAUGAAUCAUAUUCUUUGGCUGUGAGUAAACGGUUAAAAGCUAAGAAAAACAAUAAUAUCGAAAACCUCGCCUCCGACUCCGACACUACUUCCAAGAAAAAAAGAAAACAUGUAAUGAAAAGAGUCCUGUCUUCGUCGGAUGAUGACAGUGAUGAGAGAGUAGUCAAUUCUCGGGUCAGUUGCUUGCCGAUGCCACCUAAGAAAAAUGCUCGGAAAAAUGGUUCUGAUACAAAUGUAUGCAAUCAUGUAAAUGACGAAGUUGAGGAAGUGGAUGCCCCUAGACCAAUUACUAACAUAGAUACACCUCAGCGUCCACCUAAAGAUCAAAAUAAAAAUGGAAAUACAUUGGGUGCAGGUGUCUCUGAUGUAAACUACUGUGAAGAAUGCAGUUUGUGUCCAAGGCACAGGCAACGGGAAAACGAUGCUGAAGCUGGAUUGAAAAUGCAGAAAGAAAUAUUACGGCAACAACGCCUCAUUAAAGGGAUGAUUAUGGAUGUAGUAGAAGAAUUGCAUAGUAUUAAAAACAAAAACAAUUCAACAACUGAAGUUACUACGAAUUCCAUUUUCUCCCAAUUGACAUUGCCAGCCAAUGAUCCGAAUGAUUUGGUGGCACUGGAAGAUUACUUAAGCGAGGAGAGCAACUUCAAAGCAGCAGUGCAUGAAAGGUCGAAUGUAGGAGGCAAUAAUUUAUAUGAAUUUGCGAAGCGAAUUGUAUCUAGUUUCAUGACUGACAAAAUCGCAACAAAUUAUACCUAUUAUGGACUGCGUAACAAACAAAAUUUUUCAAAAUUACGCCUUUGUACACUAAUCUUGGACGCCAGAAAAAUGAAUAAGCAAUUUGGAAAUGCCUCUGUUAAAGAAGUGGAAGAGUGUGUAAUGAAAUGGUUGCGGAGAUCAAAAGAAAGAUCUGAAUUCAAGUUAAAGAAAAAUAACAUGAAUGAUAUGUAAUUAUUAAUAAACGUUUAUUAUUAAAGGCUUCUCUGGUUAAAAUAG